UACGGAGCCAUACACACGGAGGUCUGCGAGCGCUCCGCGUCCUGCCGGGAAGCCUUCCUUCCUUUCCUGACCGGGAGAAAGCACACACGCGCGCACCAAGGAGGACGCAAAGAUCCGAGACGACGUCGACUGCGGAGACGCCAGAGACAGAGAGAGAGAGAGGCUGACUGUGAUUCCUCGGUGUGACAUUAGGCUCAGUGCGCCGCGCUGGUAAUUAAAGGAGCCUGGAUUAGCCCUCUGCUUGCUGCUGCGCUCCUCUCCUGCAACGCCUCAGCUCCCCCGACGCGCUCGCCUGGAAGGAAAAAUUGUUUGCGCACCCAAAAAAAAGCAACUAAGCAGACCAACAGGCUCCAAAAUUAGAUCCGAUCUGGGGGGUAGUGUUUAGGAAAGCUACUUGCUGCAGCGCGUCCUCUCCUCUCCUGCUCUGAGCGGAGAACAAAGUGCUGUUAAAUCUGCGCUCUGCUGGGACUUGGGACCUGAACCAGGGCAUUCUGGAACUUGCACUUGACAAGAGCGACACGGACAACUCUGACGAGAGCACAGUCACACUCCAGCAGCUCAGGGGAAACUAAGAGUAAAGAAUCAAAUUCCUGCCAAAAUGCCUCUUGCACAAAUCGCGGAGCCAUGGCCCACAGUGGAGCUGGUGCAGCUGGAUACAGAGAACGGGCAGAGCACGACUGAGGACGGAGUCACAGCUGCUGUCAAGAACGAGUCUCGAAUCACCUGGAUAGAGAGGGAGUUUGCCAAUAUUAGAGAUCAGGAAGAUGGAGACAUCAAGGAGAUCAACAUCACCCAUGUGGUCAAAGAGGGCUCAGAGAAAGCUGACGCCUCUCAGUUUGAGCUGCUUAAGGUUUUGGGACAGGGAUCCUUCGGCAAGGUGUUUCUUGUGCGAAAGGUGACCCCUCCAGAUGCCAACCAGCUGUAUGCCAUGAAGGUCCUAAAGAAGGCAACUCUUAAAGUUAGAGACCGUGUAAGGACCAAGAUGGAGAGGGACAUCCUUGCAGAUGUCAACCACCCAUUUGUUGUCAAGCUGCACUACGCAUUCCAGACCGAAGGGAAGUUGUAUUUGAUCUUGGAUUUCCUCCGAGGCGGAGAUCUUUUCACCAGACUCUCUAAAGAGGUGAUGUUCACAGAAGAGGAUGUGAAGUUUUAUCUAGCAGAGCUUGCUUUAGGACUGGACCACCUUCACAGCUUAGGCAUCAUUUACAGAGACCUCAAACCUGAAAAUAUCCUUCUGGAUGAGGAAGGACAUAUCAAACUCACAGAUUUCGGCUUGUGCAAAGAGGCCAUCGAUCAUGAGAAGAAGGCUUAUUCGUUCUGUGGUACUGUCGAAUACAUGGCGCCUGAGGUUGUAAACAGGCAGGGCCACAUCCACAGCGCUGACUGGUGGUCGUUUGGGGUACUGAUGUUUGAGAUGCUGACAGGAUCUCUGCCGUUUCAAGGGAAAGACCGCAAAGAAACGAUGAAUCUUAUCCUGAAGGCACGCCUAGGAAUGCCUCAGUUCCUAAGUGCAGAAGCCCAGUCUCUGCUCAGGGCUUUGUUCAAGAGAAACCCUGCCAACAGACUGGGCUCGGGCGCUGACGGUGCAGAGGAGAUAAAGCGACACGGCUUCUUCUCCACUAUAGACUGGAAUAAACUCUUCCGAAGGGAAAUAAAACCUCCGUUCAGGCCAGCUGUCGCCUGCCCAGAUGACACCUUCUACUUUGACUCAGAGUUCACUUCCCGCACACCCAAAGACUCUCCUGGUGUGCCGCCCAGUGCUGGAGCUCAUCAGCUGUUUAGAGGCUUCAGCUUUGUUGCAUCCACUCUGUUGGAGGAGGAAGGCUCAGUAGAGCCGCCGCAGCCGCCACACCCAGUGGUCCAGCAGCUGCACGGGAAAAACCUCCUGUUCAGCGACGGGUAUGUCCUCAAGGAGGACAUCGGCAUGGGCUCAUUCUCCGUCUGCAAGCGCUGCGUCCACAAAGCCACCAACACUGAGUAUGCUGUCAAGGUGAUUGACAAGACCAACACAGAUCCGUCGGAGGAAAUAGAGAUCCUGCUUCGAUAUGGACAGCACCCCAACAUCAUAACGCUGAAGGAUGUGUAUGACAACGGGAAGCAGGUGUUCAUGGUGACGGAGCUGAUGCGCGGCGGAGAGCUGCUGGAUCGGAUCCUGAAGCAGAAGUUUUUCUCAGAGCGGGAGGCCAGCGCUGUGCUUCAUACCAUCACAAAGACUGUGGAGUACCUCCACUCCCAGGGGGUUGUGCACAGAGACCUGAAGCCCAGCAACAUCCUCUACGUUGACGAAUCAGGAAAUCCAGAGUCCAUCAGGAUCUGCGACUUUGGCUUUGCGAAGCAGCUGCGCGCCAACAACGGCCUGCUGAUGACCCCGUGCUACACUGCUAACUUUGUAGCUCCUGAAGUGUUGAAGCGUCAAGGCUACGAUGAAGGAUGCGACAUCUGGAGUCUGGGAGUCUUACUGUACACCAUGCUGGCUGGCUUCACUCCAUUUGCCAACGGGCCGGAGGACACUCCUAACGAGAUCCUGGGUAGGAUAGGGAGUGGUCACUUCAGCCUGGCUGGAGGGAACUGGAACACUGUGUCUGAUGCUGCUAAGGACCUUGUGUCCAAGAUGCUCCAUGUGGAUCCUCACCAGAGACUGACUGCUAAGCAGGUCCUCAGGCACCCCUGGAUCGUCCAGAGGGACAAGCUGCCCAACAGCCAGCUCCCUCACCAGGACCCCAAACUGGUCAAGGGAGCGAUGGCAGCCACCUACUCCGCCCUGAAGAACUCCCAGCCCACUCCAGAGCUCAAACCCAUCGAGAGUUCCUUCCUCGCCCAGCGGCGUGUCAAGAAGCUGCCCUCCACCUCCCUGUAGCGACUUAAAAAGAAAAAAAAUAAAUAAAUAAAAAACCAGCCGUCCCGCUCAACGGAGCCUGAUUUUUAAAACCAACUUCAAAAGGCUCCAAACCAGCCCAGUCAGCUUGCUCUGGGACGUAGCGUCCAGCCGCCAAAAACCAGCCAAGGAACACCGACUGUGGUCCUGCCCGCGUCUCGUAACAUCACGUUCUCCUGUUCUCACUGUCGUCCUCUGUGUGUGUGGGCUCGUCGGCUGCUGGGAGCCCGUGGAUUCACAGUGGUAAAAGAUCUGGAUAGUGAAUGAAAGCGAUGAGGACGCGUGGGGGUGGGUGUUUAACAGCGGGGGGCGGGGCGUUUUGGGAAUGACACGUUUGGAUGACCGGCGACAGAGCAGAUGCAGCCGAUGAACGUUUUCUCUCCUGAUCAUUGUUGUAAUUAGUUCCUGCUGCACGCUUGUCUUUCGGCCUGUUCAGUUGUCUGCUUUUCUUCUUCUUUUGAAGCUUUAUAUUCCUUGUUGUGCUGCCAAAUCGAUGUGCUGACAGCACAGAGCCACAGUAUUGUCCAACUGCUGUAAAACGUUUUUUUUUUUCUUCUUCUUCAAAGAGCAGUAUUAAAAUGUUAAGUAUUUUUUGGUGGGGCUCUGGUUCAACCAGAACAUUAUGGAUUCUGGGAAAUGUUUUGGGUUGAUGUUGAUCUCAAUUUGUUUGGUUUUACAGACCGUGUGGGGGUGUGUGUGUGUGUGUGUGUGUGAGUGAGUGUGAAUUGCAUGACUUGCAGUGUGUGUCGGUUCUGUCUGCAGAGUCAUGUGCAUGGUGAUGUGAAAAUGUCAUGUGGCUUCUUUGUUUUGCUGCUUUCUCUCUCUGCUUGGUUAAUAAAAAAAAAGUCUCCUAUUUUUAUGACUAUAAACUAGUGAAAUAGUUGGCUUUCUGUGAAAGAAAAUCUGCCCAUGGAACAAUGUGGCAUGUUGAAAUCUGCUCAAUGCUUUGGUUUCUCGUUUAUUCCACUGUUUCUUGGAUAAUGCAUAUUGAAAGCUGUUUAUUGUGUUGCCUGCUUUUGUUGUUGUUUGUGGGGUUUUUUGCUUUUUGUCUCCAGAAACGAAAUGGUUUAAAAUAGUGAAGACAUGCUGAGCAGAUCACAGCCUACAGGUCUCUUCUUAUGUUGUAAGAAUAUAAAAGGGACACUUACUGCUGUCCUGAUUUAACUGAGCACUCAAACACAACUGGCUGAUAAAGCCACACACUCCUUCUCCUUACCUUUUCUUUUCCAUUUAUCAUAUUUGAAUUUCAUUCUUUUUUUUUUUGUUUUACCACUUCCAUCACAAUAAAUCGGUAAUCUGUCGAUCUUUCCUGAAUCACUUCCUGAGUCACGUCGUUCUCUCAGCUCUUUGCCUGCAGGUGAGACUGUCUUGCAUUAUAAUGUGAUUUUAAAAGGACAGACCUGUAAGGCUAUACAUUAAGAACAAGCUGUCUUACCUCAAAAGGGAUCAAGGUUCUGUUCUAAUUGUUUGGCAAAAUGCUCAUUCUUUUGACUGAUGGCAUUGUGGGAAGAUGUUAUUGUAUGAUAAAGAUGAAGAUUUUUAUAUCUUAUAAAAUAAAAAACGGAGUUGCUAUGACAAA